AGCUGCUUCGGUCUCGUUGGUAAUCUGGUGUUAGACGUCGAGCGUGCUGAACGUGUGUCGAGUCCGGGGCUUCUCUGACCAUAUAGUCGUGGCGUCGCAUUGGAGCGUUGUAAUGAGUGGAAUGCUUAAGACGGGGACAGUGAGAAGGCUAUCUACAUCAUUUAGGUAGACACUGACCCAUCGCACACCUGUAUCCACGAGUACGUUCUGGAUUCGCGGAAAUCGUUGAUCCGACUAAUUUCAGCAAUUGUGUGACUUGCGUGUCCCUUUCUCCUUCACAAACGACACUGCCGUGUCCGAGUGGUCCAGGGAGAGGCUGCUUCUGCCAAGCGGUGUCCCAGCGUUUGUUUACAUUAGCAACACUUGCCGUGCACCCUUUUACCUACCGAUUAGAUAGCAUUCUGCGGAUUAGCCUUUUCUUCUGAUUUCUCUGUGAUCCCAGGUAAAGUCCGUUCGCGCUUCUCAGAUGAUAAUUUAAUUAUUUACCUUCGCGGUCGUGAACUAGUGCACACUUUAUUUUGGUGCAUGCUCACUGAUUGUUUUGGUGCCCACUUGCCCGGAUUUCAUUCGGAUUAGAGUGUCCAGUGGAAUGUGAGUGAAUAUAUCUGGCGUCGAUUCCAGAACAUAACUAGAUACCUCGCACCGUCCAAGUUCUUCUACUUUGUUGUUGGUGGCCGAUCAUAUCUUCCUCAACUGUACGUCAUGGAAUUUAGCUGCCCCUCGCCGCGUGGAGUUUCACUAGAAGCCAUGAAUGCCCGCUCAUAAGUGCUUUCGGAAUUUGUUGAAGUGAAUUAUUGAAAUUAAGUGCAAUGACAGUGGUGGCCGGGAAUUAGAGGUUUCGGAAUAAAUAGUGCUCAACACAUCGGAGGCGCUCUGUCGAGUAAUUAGCGUGAAGAAGUUGAACCUGAUUUCCAAAUUUAAUGAAAUACAAAUGCAGAUACAAACUUUCCAUCAAAAAUGCGUUUAUUCAGAACUCGAAAAUCUGAAAACGUAGUUAACACAUUGCAAGGACCAUCGCAUGCGAACAACAAUAAUGAUCAAUCCAUCUCAUAUAUGAAUGACAGCGCUGGCGACACAAUGCUAUCCUUACCAUCAAUAUCAUCAUCACUGCCGGACCUGCACAAUUCGCCAGUAGUGAUAAUAAGUUGCUCGAAUCUCCUAGAAGACCAGUCAAGUCGUCACCAAUACCAAAACCAAACACUGCCCCUCCAUGCUCACCAGCAGCAACAAGAUCACCACCGAUUUCCACAAGCGUUCAGUGACCGAAUCACGAGUAAUACCGGUGUGACGAACAACCAUAGUUACAAUGGGAGAUCAUGUGCAGUGAGCAAGGGUUCUUGCAAUAAAGUUAGUUCCCCUGGUAAUGGUAGGAACGGUGAAAGUGUCAGCGUUGUGAAAAUCAGCGGUGCCGCGUCCACGGAGAAUAUUUUAUCAAAUUAUGAGAAGCCGUCGUCUAUAAGGGGACCAUCGCCGGUAAUGCCAGCAGUAUCAGCAACGAAAACCUCAAUGAUAUCUUCCCAAACGCAGCCAAACGGACACAAUGGUCAUUUACCAGACUGUAAGAUUGUCACAGCUGUGCCAGUGGUCGUGGUAGAAGAUCAUCCACGCCGCGAGACCACAAACAUGUUCACAUGGGGUCGUCGAAUGAGCAAAAAACUCGAUAUCUUGAAACGUCACGACGCCAACAAGCAUCAUGAAAAUUUCAACCAGUCUUCGAUUCGCGCAUCACAACGACAAUAUAGUGAUCAACAGAAACAAGUGACGCUGAAAAAGAGCAAGUCUGGACCAAUAGAUGCCAUCACUUUCAAUGGUGAUCCCGCCGCAAAAUCAACAACUAUGACAAAGGAACGCCAAAAAUCAUUCAAAUCCUUUUUCCACCGCAUCGGCUCAACCGGAAUGCUCAAUCAUAAAUCUCAUAAUUUAAUUGAAGUGCCAAAUACAAAUCAACUGUACAGAAGCAGCUCUACCAGUCAGUUGACCACUUGUUCUUAUGUUAAGUGUGACGACCCAACCGACGGAGUUAGCAUGGUUAAUGGUAAAAUCAAUAAGAGGGCGACAAUCAGUGGUACAUCGCUGAAAUCCUCUAGCUGCGAUGAUAUUGAGAAAGUUGGAAAUGGAAGCACAGGCGAUCAUCCGAAACGCGGAAACUUCCCAUAUGCUUUUUUAAGAUCCAAAUUAUCAGUUUUACCUGAGGAGAAUGGUGGAUCAGUGCUGAAUUAUAAAUCAUCCCUCAACAGUUUGCAUAAUUUGGGGAAUCAUAUUAUGAUCAGUAAAACAAAUUCAAAUCCAUCGAAUGAUGAUAACCUUUCAACAGGUAGUAGUCCCAGCAAACACAACCGAAUUCAGUACAAUAGUAAUGGGGCCAUCAAGCGAUAUUCCUCCGAUGAUAGCACGAUCAGCAGCUGUUCACCUAAAGUCACUAUAUCACGUAACAAUAGUAAUUCGUCUAAGGACUGGGAACCACUCUACCAAAGAUUGAGCAGCUGUUUAAGUUCAAACGAAUCCGGGUAUGACAGCGACAGUAGGAAUGGGGAUGAUCCUCUGAAGAGGUUAAGUAACGGGUUAGCGUCGCUCCGCCCAUCUUGCAAUGGCAACGGUGAUCAGCAAUAUGAAUACGGACCUAUUAGAAGACGUUUCCGGCAAAUUAGACUGGAGCGUGUCAACCCCGAUGAUUGCGUUGGAAUUACGCUGACCCCGCAAACUGUGCCGGGAAGUCCAGGAGAGCCGCAGCUUAGAUAUUUAAUACUUGAUAUUGAUCCAUACGGUUUGGCACACAGAGACGGCCGUUUACGAAUCGGUGACGAAAUUGUAAACGUAAAUAGUCAACACUUGCGUGGUUUGCAGUCCUAUAAAACUGCACAACAGCUUCUAUCGACAUUCAUUGAUAACUGUAUUGACUUGGUUAUUGCCCAUGAUGAGGUGGCUGCAGUUUCAGAUUUUUGCACAAAAAUCCAAGUCGAUAGAAACAGUCUGCAGUCGGAACCACAUAUGACGGUGGAACCAGCACUCACUCUGAAGAAGAAUUAUGCAUCAGCUUCGACGUCCAACUUAGCAUCGUCGUCUAGGAAGAGACUACUGUUUGAAGGAAGAGCCCAUAGCACCGACAGCCUCAGCAAUGUUGAAAUAUGUAGCAUUCAAACCGACAUCACUGACGGCCCCCCACCUAAUACCGAAGGCAAUAAUGCUGUGGUCCAGUCUCGAGAAAAAACUCUCCUGGGAAGACGCUCCUUGAAUAGAUCUCUGGAAAUGACACCUCUCUUCAGUACGUCUGAAUAUACCCCGGUAUACGCCGAUCGGGUUACUAUAUCUAACACAAUCAGUGAUGACGAGAAGUGGCAAUGUCUCAGUCGUAAGCGAGCUGAAGCUCUGACACAAAUGGACUAUGCACAUGUUUUAGGUCUUAAAGCAUCAACGUAUAUAACAGAUAAUCUAACCAAUAACAUCAGGGCAAAUACGACCACCGCUACUAACCUCCAGUCAUUGAAAUCCCCCUUAAAACAACGAAUAUAUAACGAAAUUGACCUAACGGAAAGACCUAGUACAUCACUAAUCAACUUAGAAUGUGUGCCAAAUACUUUUCCUAUUGCAAAUAGUUCUAUGACUGCCACCAAUUAUAACAAGAAUGCAUUAUUGAACACAAGCUUGACUUCAACAUACAGGUCCUUCCGAUUCGGUAAACCACGCUACAGUGCACCACUUACUAGUACAACUACAUUUAAUCCUCAUAACGUGAUUUCAAAUAACAAGAACGGCGAGGGUUGUAAGCAAUCCAGCUCAAGUUCAAGUGCAACCAGCGCUACGCAUAACGAUACUAACGAAUUUGAUGACGGGGGUACAGCCAAUGACGGAUUAGGACGCUGUAUAAUUCGUACAGUCGAUUUUUUCAAAGGACCUGGAAUGAAAUCCCUCGGAUUCAGCAUAGUCGGCGGUAGAGAUUCACCCAAGGGAAUAAUGGGAAUCUUUGUAAAAACGGUUUUUCCUUCGGGACAAGCUGCUGAUGAUGGCACACUCCUAGCAGGUGACGAAAUAAUCGAGAUAAACAAUUGCUCCGUCGAAGGUAAAAGCCACGCCGAAGCUAUCGCUCUGUUCAAGGCAGUCCGUGAAGGAUCAAUAUCCAUAAAAAUUAUUCGGCGAAGGUUGCAAAAAGCGAAUUCACCGGCUGAAUGAGCAUUGCGCAGGCAAACAAGCAGAUUAAGUGUAUACUAAUAGCAGUAGGUGUAGAGGGGUAUAUAACGGACCAUGUUGACCUGUGUUUCAAAGUUAGAAGUUUACACGUAAUUUCCCAAGUGCAAAAUUAGAUAUUAAAUGCAUGCGUUUAUAUAUGUAUUUCGUAAUAAUUAUUUACAAAAUAAUUUAUUAGAAUGUAAAACGAAAUUGUAUUUCUUUCGCAUAAAUAAACAUGAAUCGAAAGCA